AUGGGUGUGGUACCAUUCACGAACGACAGCAUCAGGAGAGCGCUAGGGCGGUCGGCGAUGGUGCAGGCGCUGCUGCACGAAGGCAUUUAUCGAGGGCAGAAAGUGAUCGUGCGUAAAGAUGGAAGCCGCAAUAGAAUUGGGAUUAGCCGCUAA